UAAGUUGUCGUAGGGCGUGGUCGAGCGAAAAGCGGCUUCUAGUACUUUCCAGAGUCGCCGGUGGCCUUGAGAGACCGCAAGAGGCCCAGGGAAGAAGCAAGGGAUCCGGUAAAGGGAGGCGUAGUCGAUCCACAUAUUUUCUGCACCAUUUCGAGGAAGAACGGAGGGAGGAGGGCGGCAUCGAUCCGUUUUCUUGCCGAUUUCGAGAUAGGGAUGGCUAAUGAUCAAAGCAAGUGUUCAGCCACAGAAACCAGUCAAUCUUCAGACUCAACUAUACAGAUUAAUGUCAAAUCACUGGAUUCUCAGAUUUAUACAUUCUGUUUAAACAAAGAUGCACCAAUUCCUUCGCUGAAGGCAAUGGUAGCAAAUGUUUCAGGUAUUCCAGUGGAGCAGCAACGGUUGAUAUUUAGGGGAAAGGUCUUAAAGGAUGAUCAACUUCUUUCUGAUUAUCAUCUGGAAGAUGGGCAUACGCUACAUUUGGUUGCUAGACCAGAUGAGGCUCAAACUCAAUCUGGGAUUGUUUCUGGAGAUCAUUCUAACAGUGGCAACCAAGGGAUUGAUGCUUCCACCAAUGCACCUCCCAAUAGGAUUGGACAAGUUUCACAUAGUGUUGUUCUUGGAACUGUUAAUAUUUCUGAUCAAAGAGAAGGGAUGGGCUUGGUGCCUGAUAUUGGUCGGGUUGUUGGGGCAGUUCUGCAAUCUUUAGGAGCUGGGAUUUUGCCCCCUGUUGGAUCUAACAACAUCCCAUCUGUUGCAACUAAUCAGGCAGCUCCUAGCAAUGGCACAGGACAGUCACAAGAUGCUACUGGCAGAGCUCAACAAAUCCAUCAAACACAGACACCUAUUACGUUGGUCAAUCAGCUGCCCUUUCAGGUGCAACUUACUUCUCCAACAGUUCUACAACCAAAUAUGGUCAUUCCUGAUUCAUUGAGGACACUUUCAUAUUACAUCAACCGCAUGGAGCUAAUACUACAAAACAGUGGUUCUCAGUCAUCUGGACCAAGCAAUACACAGAAUAUUCUAAGGUCAGAUAACACAUCCUUGCAUUGGAAUAGGAUGCCAACUCCUGACGUGUUGGGUUCAGUAAUUGACCAAGCAAGAGUACUACUUACUGGACAUACGGCAACUGCUCUUUCUCGUAUGGCUGAGCGCUUGAGAGGCGAAAUUACUUCUGAUCCAUUGGUUCGAAGUCAGAUACAGACUGAAGCCAUGCAUAUGGGUUUAGUCAUGCAGCAUUUAGGUGCAAUGCUUUUGGAGCUUGGUCGUACAACUAUGAUGCUGCGGAUGGGAACUCCUGAUGGUUCUUUUGUGAACUCUGGCCCGGCUGUUUAUAUAUCUUCCACUGGGCCAAAUCCUAUAAUGCCUUCUCCUCCUCAAUUGAACUCUGUUUUCACUGGUUCUUUACCUUUGGUUAGCGGACCUAAUAUAUUAAACGCUGGGGACAUAUUAAGAAAUGUCAAUGUACAUGUACUCUCGGGGACUUCAUCGGCACCUGGUAUAUCAUCUUCUGGUGCAAGGGAAGAUUCAAGGGAUCUUAAUCAUAGUGGACAGCAAAACGUGGGACAAGCGAGUCAAACUGGUCAUGCUUCAGCACCUGUAGGGAAUGCUGCUCCAUUGCGAGGAAUGGCUGCUAGAACAGCUGUUGCAGCUAUUCCAGCACGUUCUUCUGAAGGAAAUGCUGGUCAUGUCUUUAGUGUUGCUAUUCCUGUACAUGCAGGGUCUCAGACGUCGAAUCCCACACUUUCUGCUUCAUCUCAACAUUCUCAUCCUUCUAUGGUUAGUGGAUCACAACCUACCGCAUCAGUCACUGUUCCACUUCUUUCUUCAGGAUCUGGUAGUGUCCCUCGAGUAGUGGCACAAGAAAAUGCACACACGGAUCAUGCAUUUGCUAGUACUGCACAAAAUCAAACCAGUGGAUGUUCCCCUACCCAAAGCAUAUCAAACACAGUCAGCCAGCAGUUAGUUACUGAAGGUUCUUCGUCAUGGAAUACUUGUGAGAAUGUUAUGAGUGAUAGGCCCGAUAAUAACUCUGAUUCUGCAAACAAGAAUAUUGAGACGCUUGUUCCUGACAUUUCCACAGAAGAUGGAAAGCAGAAACUUUUGGUUACUGAUGGCAUGCGAGGACCCGCAACCUUGAAACCUGUCAAUAUUGGUUUGACUACAAUGGAAAAGCCCCCAGAAGACAAGCUGGAGGCCAAUGCAGAAAGUAGCAAGUCUGCUGUAACUGACAGGACUACUCCCUUGGGGCUUGGAUUGCGUGGUCUGCAACCCAAGAAGCGGAGCAAGGUAGCAAAGCCUGUAGAUAAGGAUGGAAAACCCCACGAUUCAUCAUCGGCCAGUCAAAAUUCAGAAUCUAUUUCUAGGGGCCAACAGUUGCUAAGAUCAAUUGUUUCCCAGGGCUCCGAUGGUAACAGCACUAUGAAUAGUUUGGAUAGCAUGCCUUUUGGUGUGCAAGGUUCAAGUGAACAAAUUGAUGUUAGCGACAUGGUGAGCCAGGUCCUUCGUGGCCCUUCAUUUAAUAAUAUUUUGACGAAUUUGGCUGAGACUGGAUUAGGUUCUACUGCUGCUUUGAGAAACAUGAUGGAGCAAUGCACUCAGAGUCCAGCAAUGAUGAAUACUCUCAAUAAUAUGGCGCAACAAGUACAAGACCAAGAUCUUGGAAGCAUGUUGAUGGGAUCUGGGGGAAGUCAAGGUGGUAUUGAUUUUUCUAGCAUGAUACGACAAAUGUUGCCCGUUGUAUCACAAAUUAUUGGCAGGGUUCCAUCCCAGUCCCCAUCAGUUAGUGUACCUGAAUCUGAACCUCGUUCUCAAAGUAAUAGUAUGAUUAGACAAAACAAGAUGCAAGAGAGCAAAUUUCAGAUUGAUCUUCAUGAAGCACAACAAAGGAUUGAACAGAAUGAUUCCCCUGGAAGUAUUUUCCGUGCCAUGGUGGAAAGUGCAGGCAGUCUUAAUGGUGAAAAUGAUUAUGAAGGCCUUCAAGAACUUGGAGAUGAUGUGGAGCUCAGUAUUGAAUAUUCAGAGAUAUUGCGUCGUCAUAUUCAGCAGAGGCUCGAUAAAGAAUCCAAAUCAAAAGAGAAGCUCUAAUCUGUGUGUUUAUCACCGUUAAAUGAUUUUUUUACAUUCUUUCUUUGGAUCAAUACAGAAGGCACAACAGUUACUGUAGUAUGCGUGAUGUUGACUGUUAUUUGCUACCGUUUGUCUAAGAUUUGUUAAGACCAGCAGGUUGUAUGAUUAUGAAAUCCUGUAUUAGAUGCAAUUGCAAUUUUGUAGCCGAAUAUCAUGAAUGUGUCGAGCAGGUUUUAGACCUCUCUGUUACUAAGAUUGAACAAGUGUUUAGUAUUGUGCAAUUCCUGGUA